AUUUUGAAAACAGAAUGGAGAAAGAUAGCGGAGAGCUGGAAAUGUGGGAGUGCCCGUCGUGCACCCUUCGCAACACCCUUACGGCCGAAGCCUGUGACGCGUGUGGCACGACGAGCCCCUUUGUACUGGCUGCGAUGGCGCAACAAGACGCAGCCGCCGACGCCAAGGACAUGGACGAUGACGCGUCGUCGACGUCGACGCGACCUUCUCGCGGAUCGUCCAUCGAAGACGAUUACAAAGCGGCCGCCCAGCUCGACCCGUGGGCACAAGCCGAAGACGAGUGGGCGGUCGUCGAAGCCACGCAAGCGACCAAGGUGAAACGCAAGGGCUCGGCCAAGACGUGCGAAAGUUAAUUCGAGUUGAAUCAAUCUGCACGACCU